UGGGCAGAGGUUUCUAUCCUGUUUUCUUGGAUCGAUAAUAUUGAUUUAUCAUGAUGAUAUCAGCCAAAUAUUUAUAAAUACGAUAUUUUUUUUAUUUGGCUUAUAACAUUUUAUCUGAUUUGACUUUCGUAAAUUCUUAAUAUAUUUUUAAAGUUUACCACUAACCUCGCCAAAAAAUAAUGUCAUCACGUGAUUACGAUUCUGACGCUCACAAGAGGAGCAAUACCCACGACUAUUAUCAAACCUCCAGAGAUGAUCAAGAUGGCGGCCAUGUUGGCGAUAGGGACAAAAGUAAGGCCUAUAACGUCUCCAAGAACGUAACCUCUCAAGUCCUCAAGGCCCAGAAAGUAGCGGAAGAUUAUUACGGGGACGCUAAGAAGCAAGCGAACGAAGCUAUCGACCAUCUUAAGCAAAACGAAACCGUUUCCUUGGUCCAGCGCAAAUUGAAAGAAGGCAAUAACCGAAUUUUUAAUGUUAUGGAUCAUUAUAGUGAUUACGGUUACAGAACCAUAAGGAAAAGUGUGCCAUUCCUCAAUCUCCCGCCAGAUCAACCGAUGGCUUUUUCCAUGGCAUUGGCUGGAUUGGCGUUAGCGAUCAUUUUAAUACCGCUCAUAUGCAGCUUGGUGUAUUGGAACCACCACAGAACGUUACACCAUUACGCCUAUACCCUUAACGACAUAGACCUGGAUGCCCUGAAAAAAUAUUGGGGAGACUCCCACUAUUUGGACACUGCCUCGCACAACAUGGAACAUCUUACCUCUAACGUUAAGAACUUGCCCAAGCAUAGCAAGCUAGUUCGCGAGUUGGGGUUAUUAUACCGCAAGUGGCAUGGGUACAACAAAAAAUCUAAAAUCUAUCAAACCCUUGACAAAGUUUCAGACCCGGUAUAUUCUGGUAUGCACAGGAUUAGCUCUGGCCUGGCUGAUAGACUCGCCUUAGCCCCGCCUAAGCACAAACCCAUAUUUUUCCCGUACCUUUUGGCCCUGAUCGCGGGGUUGGGAGGCCUGUUUGCUCUUCUUAAAUACGGAAAUUGUUUAUUGAGCAUCAUUCUCAAAAAGUCAAUAGUAAUUCCACCGGACACUGUUCAAAUUUAUGGGUUGCCCGCCGGCAGAAACAUCCCGUCUCUCUCACCCUACGUUCUCAAGCUCGAAACGUAUUUAAGAAUGGCUAAGAUUCCUUACAAGAUCGAUUUCAGCGGAAUCCCCUCCACUGAAGGCAAAAAUCCCUGGAUAACUUACAACGGAGUUGACAUCCCUGACUCCCAGGGAUCCAUUGAGUAUUUGAAGAAAAAGUGCGGGGCAGAGGAUUUAGACCGCGAUCUAAGUCCCAAAGAAAAGACCGUCUCUAACGCUCUCAGGGUAUUCACCGAGGAGGAAUUGAAAUGGCCAAUGAUUAUGUACAGAAUGGUUUACAGUUCUCUCAAUCAGUUGAUGGAUCAAAUGUAUGUGCCCGCCUGGAUGCGUCACAUUUGGAUACCUCUUAGAGUAAUCUUAUUCAUCAAGCCUAAAUACAAGAGCAGAGCUAAAGAAGCCGGUUUACUUAAUAAAGGAAGUAGAUACGUUUACAGCAAGGGGGUUAAAGAUAUUCAAUCCCUUUCCGACUAUUUAGGUAACAAGCAAUACAUGAUGGGAGAAAAGCCUACUGAAGUUGAUUGCACCAUAUUUGGGAUGUUGGCCGAAUACUUAUGGACAUUCCCUGAAGAUAACAUUCUUAGGACUAAAUUUAACACUGAUUGGUCUAAUCUUGGAGCAUAUUGCAACAGGAUCAAGGAUAAAUUUUGGCCAGAUUGGAAUGACAGGAUCAGAACUGGCAAGCACGUAACUUCAUCGAGAUAAAUAAAGAUAUGAACGUACAUCUUGAACUUCUUAAAAAUAUUACUAAAGAUUUUAAAAAACAUUUAUUUUAAAAAAAUAUUUCAUUUGUUUGAUAGUUUUUUUAUUAUUUCUUUCUACACCCUUUGUCUAUCAUUUUCACGAAAUUAUAUAUAUUUACUAGUCAGAGUAUAGAUUUAAUAACUGCAAUUAUUAAUAUUAUUUAUAAUAGAAUUUAAUAGUCAAUUAUUUUAAACUUACUUAUAUUUAUCACUUUGAUUUUAGUCUAUAAAAGAUAAUUCACUCUUACUUUAUUUGGAUAAUUAGAUGCUUUAUAGUUAAAUAUACUUUUUUGCACAUAACACGUAAUUUGAUCACUAUAUUAUUAUAUAUUUUAUCGAUAUCUAAUCAAGAAAUUAUUGAAAUUAAUAUUUAUACCACCAUGACAUGUAUCGUCGUAAGAAUUCUAAAUAUAAAUUUAUAAUAUAUAUAUAUUAUGUCGUUUAGUUUUAAAUAUUUACAAUCAAUGCACUUUUAGAAAGAUUAUCAAAAUUU